AUUCAUUGCCACAUCAAACCAAAAACCCAAAUUCCCCCAAUUUUGCCCAAACCUCCCAUUCACAACCACCAUCACCCAUCAAUCCCUUCCUCCGAUGGCUACGGUUCUCGAUUCCCUCACUCUUCCCUGUUCCUCCGCCUUGGCUUCCACCGCUUUCUCCGGCCGUCGUAGCUCCCUCGCCCUCCCGCAGUGCAGAGGCUUGAAGAUCGCUCACAGUUUCACUUCUCACUCUAUAAGAUCUGCAAGAUCUAAUGCUAGAUUUCCUCACCGUUCUGCAACUAUCGUCUGCGAAGCUCAGGAAACUGCUGCCAUUGUACCUGCUGCUUCAGAAGCUACCUGGAAGUCAAUGGUUAUAGAAUCUAAGUUACCCGUCCUAGUUGAAUUCUGGGCUCCAUGGUGCGGUCCUUGCCGCAUGAUUCAUCCGAUCAUUGAUGAACUAUCUAAAGAGUACACUGGAAAGUUCAAAUUUUACAAGGUGGAUACUGAUAACAACUCUUCAAUUGCAUCCCAAUAUGGUAUCAGAAGCAUACCUACUGUCAUUAUCUUCAAAGAUGGUGAGAAGAAGGAGGCAAUAAUAGGUGCAGUUCCUAAAGCAACUUUGACAGCCAGCAUGGAAAAAUUCUUGUAGAGAUGGGUGAUAUAAAGUAUGAAUUGAAAGAUUUAAGCCGCUUUCCCAUUAUUUCCUUAAUUUUAGCCUCUAAUAUGUGAAGAUGAAUUCUCUACUCUGGAAAUAAACUCUCCUCUUUUGUUACAUAUAGUUCUUGAUGCCUCUGUACCUUCUUUAGGUUGUAUUUAUUGCUGCAAUACUUUUACUAUGAAUGCAUCUUUCUUUAUAGAA